AUGUAUAAAAAUGAUUAAUAAAUUAUCAAAGCUAAAAGCAAGGAAGGCAGUCCAAGUUUUUAACUUAAAUUACCUCAAUUAACUAAAAAUCCAUAUGUGUAACAAAAUAAUUAUAUUCCAACUUAAAGAUCAAAGAACUAAUCACCUUUUUAAAAAUAAAAUAGUAAAGGAAGAUCAAUUUCUAAUAUGAUUUCAAAUAAUUCAUUAGAAGUAUCAACCCAUAUUAGCACAUAAGAAAGAAUCAAAACUAAUAAUUUUAACAAAAAAUAUCAAUUAUAAAUUGAUGGUUUAAUAGAUAAAUUUAAUAUGAAUGCUGGGUUUGAUUACUAAAUGAAAUACUUAGAUUAAUUAGAAAAAUAAAGUUCAAUAUUAGUACAUAAUUACUUAUAAAUUCAUCAACAAAUGAUAAACUAAAGAAAUCGAAUAGGUUAUCCUAAGAAAUGA